AUGUCUGUAAAAUAUCUAACUAAAGCGAUAAACACAUUAUUUUCAAGCCUCUCUUACUCAAAUCUCCCACGCAUUCAGAAAGACUCAACUCUCUAUUUGGUUCUAAGAUUGAGAGGUGGUAUGCAAAUCUUUGUGAAGUAUGUUUCGGGGAAGACCUUACCCCUCGAGGUUGACAGCUCAGACACUAUCGGUAACGUCAAGGCUAAUAUCCAAGAUAAAGAAAGGAUCCCUCCAGACCAGCAGAGGCUGAUCUUUCUCGGUAAACAGCUCAAGGAUGACCUAACUCUUGUGGAUUACGGCAUCCAGAAAAAGUCAACACUUCACCUUGUCCUUCGUUAUCCCCGUCGUAUACGGAUAUUCGUGACCUUUGACGACGAAUUCCUUCCCGCUGAAACUAUUACCCUAGAGGUUGAGAGCUUUGACUUGAUUGGCGAUGUCAAGGCAAAGAUUCAAGAUGAGGCAAAUUUACCCCCGGACCAGCAGAAACUGCUUUUUCUCCAUACAGAGCUCAUGGAUCGCCGUACUCUUGAAUAUUACCGCAUCCAGAACGAGUCAACCCUCAAACUUGUCCAUCGCAUUGUACCUUGUAUUAGCCGUGGUAUGCAGAUAUUCGUUAAGACCUAUUGCUGUUACACCCGCACCGAUAAAACCAUUACCCUGCAAGUUGAGAGCUCAGACACCAUUAUUAAUGUUAAAUCUAAGAUCCAAGUCAAGCAACAAAUUCCUUUUGAACGACAGAAGCUGAUAUUUGCUGGAAAACAGCUUAAAGAUUGGAGCACUUUAGCUGAUUACAAUAUUGAGAAAGAAUCAACUCUGCAUCAGAUGUUUCGUCUGAGAGGGGAUGGAGAUAACUCUUCACCCACAAAAAAAUGGUCUCUACCUUUUUAGUGCUUUGGUUUGUUUUUUGUUUUUGUUUUUUUUUAUUAAACUUUCUUGGUAGGUUUUACGUUUUGAUAAGCUCAUAAACUAGU